AUGACGGCGGCGGCGGCGGCGGCGGCGGCGAGGGAAGAGCCGGGGUUCGUGGAAGAGAAAGGAAGGCUGGGAGCCUUGUUGUGCCUGAGGGCAAAAUUGACAAAAAUGACCCCUCAAACGAAAGAACUCACAGACGGCUCCCUGGGCGGCGGCGCCACGCCCACGGAGGAGGAGGGGGAGUCCCCGUGGAACGACGGCGGCAGGAGCUGCUCGUGGAACGACGUGGUGGUGAUCGGCAGCGGGCUCGGCGGGCUCUGCUGCGCGGGCCUCCUGGCGAGGUACGCGCAGGACGUGGUGGUGCUGGAGAGCCACGACCGGCCGGGCGGCGCCGCCCACUCGUUCGACGUCAAGGGGUUCCACUUCGACUUCGGCCCCUCGCUCUUCUCCGGCUUCCAGUCCCGAGGGCCCCAAGCCAACCCCCUCGCCCAGGUCCUCGACGCGCUAGGCGAAUCGGUUCCGUGCGCCUCGUAUGGCUCGUGGAUGGUUCAUGUCCCCGAAGGACAGUUCGAGUCGCGGAUAGGGCCGACUGAUUUCCUCAAGGUUCAGUUACUUUGUCUGUAUCCGAAUGUUCUGGUCAUAAUACUGAUUUUCUUGCAGGAUCUUGAGACUUAUGUUGGUCUGGACGCAACCCGGGAAUGGCAAAAGCUUCUGUAUCAAAAACAAUUGCAGGAUGCAGUUAUCCCUAUAUCUGCAACUGCAAUGGCUCUGCCUCCGCUGUCCAUCCGAGGCGAUCUAGGCAUCCUUUCCACAGCAGCCGGUAGAUACGCUCCUUCUCUGUUGCAGUCCUUGAUAAAAAUGGGUCCUCGGGGAGCCCUCGGCGCCACGAAGCUGCUACGCCCGUUCUCGGAGAUUGUCGACUCGCUGGAGCUCAAAAAUCCGUUUGUUCGUAAUUGGAUCGACCUCCUAUGCUUUCUGCUAGCUGGCGUCAAAUCCGAGAGUGCGCUUUCUGCAGAAAUGCCACACCUGGCUGCUGGGAGCUGCUCGUGGAACGGCGACAUGCGAUGCGAUGACUAA